AUGCUGGCAGAAGGAAUCGUGCGCCCCUCCGACAGCAACUGGGCGUCCCCACUCCAUAUGGUGCCCAAGGCUCAAGACGGGGAAUGGCGUGCUUGCGGGGAUUACAGGGCUCUCAACGCCAUGACCCGUCCCGACAGGUACCCAAUACCCCAUGUGUUGGAUUUCCACGCCAAGCUCCACGGCACCUCGGUCUUCUCUAAGAUCGACCUCCUGCGGGCAUUCCAUCAGAUCCCUGUGGCUGAGGAGGACAUACCCAAGACCGCGGUGACGACGCCCUUCGGGCUGUUUGAAUACCCCUUCAUGAACUUUGGGCUUCGCAACGCCGCUCAAUCCUUCCAGCGUUUUAUGGACAAGGUCGUCAGGGGGUUGGACUUCGUCGUGGUGUACAUCGACGACAUCCUCGUCGCCUCCCCCUCUCACCAACAGCACAUGGGACACCUCCGACUACUGCUCUCCCGCCUCCAGGACCACGGCCUCAAAAUCCACUCUAACAAAUGUCUAUUCGGCGCCUCUUCCGUGGAUUUCCUGGGCCACAGAGUAAGUGCAGAUGGCUUGGAGCCCCUUCCUCAGAAGGUGGCGGCCAUUGAGUUUUUCCCUCGCCCCACAACCGUCAAGAAGCUGAGAGAAUUCCUGGGCCUGGUUAAUUACUACCACCGCUUCAUCCCCCAGGCCGCAGAGCUCCUCGCGCCCCUCAACGAUCUCCUCAAGGGCGCCAAGAAGACCUCACUCAAGCCCCUAGAGUGGGGACAAGGCACGGAGGACGCAUUCGGCGCCAUCAAGCGACGGCUCAUCUCUCUCACCCGCCUCGCGUACCCAGUGCCCCACACGCCGACGGUCCUCUACACUGACGCCUCAGCGGAAGCAGUGGGUCGACGUGCCUUCGACAGGGAGCUCUUGGCAGUGUACGAGGCUGUGCGCCACUUUCGCCACUUCCUGGAGGGCCGUGAGUUCCACGUCCUCACCGACCACAAGCCGUUGGCGCACGCCAUGACGCAAUCGGGGGACAACUUCACUCCCCUUGCUCGCCCACCACCAUUAGACUACGCAGCGAUAGCAGCGGCGCAGGAGAACGACCAGGAGCUACAUGGGCUGCGAGAGGGGCCCACGGCGCUUCAGCUUGUCCGGCGUCACAUCCCUGAAUCUCCCUCGCAGCUAUGGUGUGAUGUGUCCUGUGGCCCGGCGCGCCCAUACAUCCCUCGCCAGUACCGCCGGCACAUCUUUACACAUUACCACUCCCUCAACCACCCCGGGAUCCUGGGUACCCAUCGCAUCAUCAGCAGACGGGCGGUGUGGCCAGGAAUGAGGAAGGACAUAUGGGAGUGGACGCGCACCUGCCUCUCCUGUCAGGCUGCCAAAGUCCACCGCCACACCCGCACCCCGCUUCAGCCCAUACCUACGCCCACAGACCGCUUCCACACCAUCCACGUCGACCUGGUCGGCCCACUGCCACCUUCCUGGGGCCACAGGUAUCUCCUCACCUGCGUGGAUAGAACCACACGCUGGGGGACCGCCAUCCCCAUGCCGGACAGCACGGCAGAGUGUACGGCCGCCCACUUCCUCUCGGGCUGGGUUGCGCAGUUUGGGGCUCCAGUCACCGUCAUUUCCGACCAGGGCGUGCAAUUCGAAUCCCACGCCUGGCGUGAGCUAUUGGCCUUCCUCGGAAUGACACGUCAGCGCACCACUGCCUACCACCCACAGUCCAACGGCAUGGUGGAACGCUUCCACCGACGCCUGAAGGAAGCUAUCCGCGCCCUGCCACACCCCACCAAUUGGAUUGACGCCCUUCCUAUAAUCCUGCUCACCCUGCGUGCCACCGAGAAAGAGGACAUCCAUCACACGCCGGCGGAACUUGUGUACGGGGAAGACUUGCGGCUGCCGUCCAUCGUCCUCAUCUCCACCACCAGAACCAGCCUCCUGUCGCCCACGGACGGCCUGCUGCGCCCCCCGAGCCGCCUCUGCGUCUUCCACACCCUCGCGACGUUGUCUUGGCCUCCCCACCACGCUACCUCCCAGGGGCGCCUGUCUCCAGUACCAACUCCAGCCGGCCUCGUCCAGGUCGACACCUUUCUCGGCGAGGACGAGGAGGAGGAGGAACACGUCCGGCUGGAGGGUGUUACAACCCGUUCAGGCAGGACGGUGCACCGCCCGGAGUAUUUCCAAGCCUCCUAA